CGGCGGCUGGUGCGAGUCACGCAGAAUCCUGCUUGCGUUAGUCAUUGCCCAGUUCGAAGCCCCCUUAUAUGGAAUGUCUUUCUCUCCUUUUGCCUUUUUUGUGCUGGGGAGCCUGUUCUCUGGAGCAACAAGCCUGGGAACAGCCAGUGCUGCAACAUUUGCUUGCUGAAUUUGGCAUCCUGGCUAUUAUGGAGACCUCGUGUGGUCGUGACCCUUGCCCUGCACAGCAACUCGUAUUUGUAUGCAGUACAAGCAUUCCCCUAUUUAUUUCUUGCUUUUUCCUGCUCCACGCAGGGUUAUGGGCAAAGUACACUUGUAUAGGUACGAGGAUCAGUACCAUACUGUAUGCAUAUCGGCUGCACAUUAAAGUGGACUUGAGCCCAGCAUUUGCCAGGCUUGAAACUUGGGACAUCAUGCAGGGGCCGAUGUUGUGAGGCAAGAUGCUAGCACCUGCAGCACGCAACGCAGUGUGGCCU